GUCCAGUCGAGUCUCGAGCAGCCUCGAGCCUCGAGCUGCGGGCAACGUGUUGCAAGUGCCUUUUUUUUACUUGUAUUAUUAAUCGAUGUUUCUGGAAGAAAAUAUUUUCGAAUAUCUUUUUAAAAAUAAGUGAUCUAUUUGGAGAGUGAACUAGUUUUGAUUUGCGAGAUACAAGUUAAAAAUUCCUUCCCAAGUCAAGUGAACAACGUUAUAAAACAUCGUGUGAUAAAGAUGGGCUACAGUUUGUCUUUCUCGAUUCUUAUCGUCCUAUUAUUCAAGUUUUUUACUCAUGGCUUACCAAUAGAAGAGGAACUUUACGCAGAAGGCAGUUACUGCAGAACAGAAGAUGGAGAGAAGGGAGUGUGCAGAAAGAUAUACGAAUGUCCAUCCAGAUUGCAAGAGGUGAAGGAGGGUAAAAGAAACUCGGAUUCGAAAGGACGUUGCGGUUUCCAGGAUUUCACCGAAAUUGUUUGUUGUCAGUUCAAUAUUACGGAUAAGAUAGGACUUCGACCAGCAGAGAUAGCAUGUCGUGAAUAUGAGAACGAGAUCGAGACCAACAGUAAGGAGAAAAGAGACACGGCUGAGGUGCAAUUCAACAUAUUCAGCGGCACUCAAACCGAGCGCGGGGAAUUCCCGUAUAUGGUCGCCUUGGGAUACGAGAACGAAGACAAGGACGAUGACAAUUCGGAAGCUAUCAAGUACAACUGUGGUGGCACGUUAAUUUCCUCGCAAUACGUACUGACCGCUGCUCACUGCGUCAGUAAUAUACAGGAGAAAGUACCGGUAGAGGUGAGAGUCGGCAGCGAAGAUUUGAAGAGCAUCGGGAAUGCGCAACGAAUUCCCAUAAGCAACGUAAUACCGCAUCCGCAAUACAAGCGCAGCGUGAAUUAUAACGACGUAGCUAUUCUGAAAUUAAGUACGCCCGUACGUAUGGAGAAUAACGUACGACCGAUCUGUAUCCAAACGAAAUCUUUAGAUUCCAUGAAUGUACAAUCGAACGUAACAUUUAUUGUGAUUGGUUGGGGUGCUACCAGCUUCGACGAGGAUGGCAGUACCAAAUUAAUGAAAACACCAGGUCUCAGUCUCGUAGACAAAGAAUCAUGCGCCAAAUCGUUUAAUGAUUUCGGCAAAUUACCCCGCGGUUUGGACGAUAAUAUGCUGUGCGUAUUGGAUACCAAUGUUACAAGAAGGUCGGACGCUUGUCACGGAGAUAGUGGCGGACCCUUAUUGAUGUUCAUUGGAUCUAGUCACAGCAUUGUGGGAAUCACUGCUUUUGGACAAAGUUGCGGAGGAUCUAUACCGGGAGUUUACACAGCGGUAUAUUCCUUCUUGGCAUGGAUUGAGAAUCAAGUCUGGCCAGAAAUGAUCAACGAACGAUAGAUGGAUCGCUUUUCGUUUCGACUCUGUGUUCAAUGACUCAACUACUCAGCACGACGUGACGCAAUUUAAAUACUCUAAAACGACUUGUGGUGUUAUUACGUAUGGUCAUUACGAUAAUCUAGUCUGAGGCUACGGUCCACUUGAUGCUACAAAUGUUUCGAAGCAUUUUCUCUCUCUCUCUCUCUCUCUCUCUCUUUAUU